GCCGGCUGUAUACCCAUAUCGAUUGGUUCGCUUAAAGCGCGUGCGUAUUUAUAUUUUACAGAGGAGGACGGCAGUGUAGCCGGCAUAUACGCCCGGGUCUCGCGCGUAUGCAAUUGGCAUCACCGCGUGGCCGCUCAACAUCUACAUAUUGGACUGAGGACGUGAGUGAUGAUCUUCCUCCAGGUCUCGUCAGUGUUCAUUCUCUUGACACUGUGGAGCGGCGUACAAGCGGAGCAGUUCAUGGGGGAGUACGUUUCGACGGUGAAAUCGCCAUUUUCCUCGCAAGAGCAGUUGCAGCCGGAGACGGACCUGUGGACAGCUGCGGGAUUGGUGGAGGAUCUUUCGCUGGGUGCUGCGCCAGUGGCCCUCCUAAAGGUCGCUUACGGGACAACUUCGGUGACGAUUAACGGUACGCUGACGCCCGAGGAGACCGCCGAAGUUCCCGCGGUAGCUCUGGUCGGCGCCAUAAACUGCAUGCCACCGUUCUCUCUGGUCAUGUUGGACCCGGACGCGCCGAGCCGUGAACACCCUACACUCCGCAGCUGGUUGCACUGGAUGGUUGUCAACGCCGAAAGCACACGGAGGCUGGACAAAGGCGAAGUGGCGAUGCCGUAUAACGGUCCAACUCCUCCCGAAGGGUCGGGACCUCAUCGAUACGUCUUCUUAGCCUUCUGUCAAGGCGGCAAGCGCGUGGGGGUUAUGAAAUUCCAGAGCCGGCGUAGGAAGAAAUUUCAUUUGAAAAAUUUCCGAAAGAAAAUAGGCAACGUGGUGCCGUUCGGUGGCACCUUCUUUUACGCCGAGAACGUCGGAAUGAUGAAAAGUCCCCCAAGGCAACUUCGGCAGCAAGAAUUGAAAAUUUAAAUUUCUCGGAGCGGACAUUGCGAUUGAGAAGCAGUCAUUUGGGAAGGCCGUAUACGUACUUACUGAUGAUUCCAUGGUCAGGUGAUCGCGAACAUUUCUGAGAAGUUCGUAGCAAAGAUCGCAGUGACUGCGACAUAGCGAUUCGAAUGUUAAACAAUUGUCGUCGUU